GGAUAUUCGUCCAGCAUGUCCAACGAGCGGCAAAAGGGGGUCGUGGUGAGCAAGGCGAUCGCUUAUGGGUCCGUGGCGACAUAUUUGGGCCGCAAGUCCGAGGAGACCAAGACGCAUCGAUGGCACAUUUACGUGCGGGGCAUCGCGAACGAAGAUUUGUCCUACAUGAUCAGCAAGGUCGUGAUCAGUCUCCACAGCAGUUUUGCCAACCCCGUGCGAGUGUUGACGGAGCCGCCGUACGAAGUGUCCGAGUACGGCUGGGGCGAAUUCGAGACGCGCAUUCAAAUCCAUUUCCAAGAUCCAGACGAAAAACCCGUCGACAAGAUUCACAUGCUCGUGCUUUACCCGCCGGGGAAUCAAAUUGCGUCCACAAAGAAACCAGUUGUGUCGGAAUUCUACGACGAGCUCGUGUUUAACGAACCGACCGAGUUUAUGUACAAGAAACUGAUGACUGGUACUGUGCUGCAUCCACUCACUCCUUGUCCAGAUCGAAUGCGAUUCCUCAACCUUGCAUGCUUCAAACUUGACCACGACACAGGUCCAGAGAAGCAAGCUCCGCCCAAUCCGUUGCAAGAGUAUUGGCCAGUCUACUCGGAAGCGCAGGACCUGAAGCUCCUCGCUGACGCCGACGCGUUCAUCUCGCGAGAACUGGCCAUGGUCAAAGCGCUGCUCGUAGAGGCCGACAUCGAAGCCAAAGAAGUCAAGGAAAAGCUACAACAGCUGCAGGCGCAGGUUGUGCCCAAAAAGUCAUCCAAGCCACCUGCCUUGGGAUAUCCAUAGUCGAUCAUAGUCUUUAUGCGCUCUUGUCAAAGUGCCUCACUUGGCGCAUACGGUGGAGCCAACUUCCCCGUUUUCCGUGGGGUUGACUGGUGGGCUCUUGGCGGCACCGCGCACAUGGCAAGCACAAAACGUCGACAAUUCUUGGCUGCACACACCGCCGCUAUUGUCGGUCGAGCACGCGUCAAUGCAGCCACAUCAAGCCCAACACAUGGGGCAGGUCGUGGUGGGCAUGAUUCAUCGGGGUGUCGCUGGUAGACUGGAGCCCUCGAAGCCAACAACUGUAUAUGCAGCGGGCGCUACGACCUCAUGCAUUUUGUGAACUUGUACAAGAAGACAGUGACGGCGCCGAGCGCACGUGUUGUCCGCUUAAG